AUGGACAUAGACUUACUUCUGUACCAGUUCCAGAGAAGAUGGUGGCCGCUGUGCUCACCUUGCUCACCUCAAGUAAACAUGUUCAACCUGAUGAGCAACUGCUGCACCUGGUUCUCCAAAAUAAAGGAGCCGAUCAGGAAAGUGCAUAUUCUGGUGGUUGGUCUUGACAAAGCAGGAAAAACAUCCUCCAUCAGAGGGAUGUUAAGAGUCCCCCUCGGUGCGGAAGCUGGACCCACCCAUGGCUGCGUCCGGAGUGAGCUGAGAUUGGAAAACUACCAGGUCACCUUGCUGGAUGUUGGGGGGUCAACAGAGUCGAGAGGAGCCUGGCAGGAGCUCUAUGGAGAGGCCCAUGGGAUUAUCUUUGUGGUGGACUCCAGUGACAGGCAGAGGGUCAAGGAGGUCAAGGAGGUUCUCGCUGACUUGCUGAAGCAACCAAGAGUGGCGGGAAAACCCAUAUUAGUGUUGGCCAACAAACAAGACAAAAUGAACGCUUUGCUGGGAAGUGAGUUGAUUGAGAUUCUGUUACUGGAGAAGCUGGUCAACCAGAGCCGCUCUCUGUGCCAUAUUGAGCCUUGUUCUGCCUUAAUGGACCUGCGACGCUGGUCGGAUAGAAAGACUCAACGGGGCCUUCGCUGGUUGCUGCGUGCAGUUUGUCUGGAUUACCCCGAGCUGUGCACUCGCGUAGUCCAGGACAGCAAGAGGCCUCUGGAACCAAGAAGGGGGGAAAAGACCUGGAAAACAGAGAAAGUUCGCAGAAAAAUCAAAGGGGAACGAAUGAAAUCCAGCAAGUCAGAUCUUCGUCAGGUUCACCGGCCAAAAGAAAAGGAGAAAAAGACAAAGGGUGAAGGAAAGCUGCAACCCAUUCGAAACAUACUGCAAAAGGAAACCUCUCUCAAAAAGAAGCUGAACACAAAGAAGAAGAAGAAGAAGCCGGUUAAGGAAAAGGAAGGCGAAAAAAACCAAGGAGAAGCAAAUGAGCAGGAGGAGGAAGAGGAGGGUGAUGGAAACGGAGGAGAGCAAGAAAACUCUGGUAACAGAGAGAAACCCAGCAGUGCCCUGAUCCCCCCCAAAAAAGGCAAAACCAAACGCAAAAAAAAAGUGAAAGAAGAGACUCUGGACGUGUCAGAAUCACCGGACAACGACAAGAAGCCGCCUCAAGCUGAAGGGGAAAAGAGGAGAAAGAAGAAAGUUGUAAAAGUAAAAAGGAAGAACAAGAUCAACACAGAGGAGCUUUCUGAAGCUUACUCUCAACCUGUGGACCUGUCUGCAACCUUCGAUCUUUACCGAAAGGCAAUGCUGGCUGUGAGGGAACGUCAGGAACAAGGACAGUGA